AUGCGUAACCUGAUCUGUAUCAAUAGAGGUAUUGUAUCCACUGAGUCGAAGACUGCUCCCGACUUACCUCUGGGUACAGCGGGUUUUGAUCCUAUCAAUAACGACUCGAUUACCGUGGUUCUCGGACCAGGAGAGUUCAACGUCUAUGAGGUCCAACAGCUCUCCAAGCAAGGUGAUGUUGUGACACUCACGAGCUUCCCACACGAUUCCAAAAUCAUCAGUUUUGCUCAUUUCAGUGAUGUGAACACAUUGGUAUUUGUUAUGGCCAAUGGUGAUCUGAUUACAUCUGUAUAUUCGUCCGAUAAUGAGCAUGAACCAGUUGUUGAAAGAGUUGGCCAGAUAUACUGUGAUAUCAGGGACGCUAGAUGGAGUCCUGAUGAGGAGACACUAGUUCUGUCCACUGUUGAAAACACCGUGAUUGUGUUUAACCGAGACUUUGAGUGCCUGACGGAUGUUCAGCUCAAGCCGGAAGACGCGCAGUUGUCAAAUCAUGUUGACGUGGGCUGGGGAAGUAAAGAGACGCAGUUUAGAGGUGCCGGUGCAAGAGAACAGGAGAGAAACCUGAUUAAGAACCUGGACCUGGAGAGAGAUAUGAAUAAGAGGGAUCCAACAAUGCCUCUGUAUGUCGACAAGGGUACUCUGUCACCAUUUGAUACCCGUGGCUCCACAAUAUCAUGGAGAAAAGAUUGUGAAUACUUUGCCGUCUCGACUAUUGAUGUCAUCAAUGAAGUUGAGAGAAGGAUGGUUAGAGUAUUCACCAAAGAAGGUGUGUUGGAAAAUGUGUCAGAACCUGUUGAUUUCCAAGAGAACCAACUCGCGUGGGGUAACCUCAUUGCAUCGAUCCAGAGAAAGAACUAUGGGAAUGAAGAAGAUUCGCUAGAUUUGAUAUUCUUUGAAAGAAAUGGUCUUCGCCAUGGUGAGUUUGAUACUCGCUUGCCACUGGAUGCACCAGUCGACUCUAUUGCAUGGAAUUCAAACAACGAAGUAUUGGCAAUCUUAUCAAAUAACAAAGUCCAAAUUUGGACUACAAAGAACUACCAUUGGUACUUGAAACAAGAGGUCAGUUCACAAACCAACAUUAAGUCCAUCCACUGGCAUCCUGAAAACCCACUGACUCUACUUAUGGCUAAAGAUAAUGGUUUUGAGAUCUUGAACUUUGCUUACAAGACAACAACUGGUCCUUGUAUUAUGCCAUUAGAUAUCGGUAUGAAUUUGGUGGUUGAUGGUGCCACUGUGAACAUAACACCUUUAUCAUUGGCAAAUGUCCCACCGCCUAUGGCAUACAGAGAAUUGGAGGUGGAUGAAGCUGUGAUUGAUGUUGCCGUGUCGAGGUCAAAUGAGAAUUACGCUGUCUUGACAAGCACGGAAGUCGUUAUCGCCACCAGCGACAUCGAUGCACUGCGUUUGGGAGACCAGCCAGAGAUUGUGUCUAGUUUGAAGAAGAAAGAGUUCUUCAACGAUGCUGAUACAUUCAGACAGAUCAACUUCAUCAACGAUGAUACCGUGGCAGUGCUGAGUGAUGAUGAGAUUGGUGUUUCCAAGAUCACUCUCAUCGAUGUCUCUACAACAGAACCAUUCGUUAAAGAUAUCAUUGACACACAUUCAAAGGUCAUAUUGACAAAACCAGUUUCCAAUUGGGAUAUGCUCUCAUAUGUUGCCAUUGAUGGUUCUGUAUACGUAUUGAACAUGUCAUUAGAUAAUCUCGAAGAUGCAGAAUAUACUCCAACUCUUGUGAGUAAGUUCCCACAACUCUGUUCUGAUUAUGAAGUCACAACUAUACAUACCAGUGAGGUUGAAGAUGAAUACGAAGGAUACUCUGAAUGGAGAGAAGAAAAGCCAUCUUCUAACGUUGUGGCCUUUGGACUUACCUCCAGUGGUAAACUCUUUGCCAACAAUGUUCAAUUGACAAGCUCUGCAACCUCGUUCAAGCUUACCGAAAGCCAUCUUAUUAUCACCACGGCUCAACAUACUUUAAGAUUUGUCCAUCUGAACACUUUGGUCUUUAAGCCACUCGUUGAAUCCACGGAUGUUGUUCAUGAUGAAAGAAUUCGUUCCAUUGAGAGAGGUUCUUUAUUGGUCAACGUUAUCCCAUCUAAAUCUGCUGUUGUAUUACAGGCACCAAGAGGAAAUCUAGAAACUGUCAAUCCAAGAAUAAUGAUUCUAAGUGGUGUGAGGGCAGAUAUCAAGGCUAAGGCCUACAGAUCUGCAUUCACUACAUGUCGUACGCAUAGAAUUGAUCUCGAUAUCUUGCACGAUUAUGAUCCAGAGCUGUUCUUUUCUAACGUUGAACUGUUUAUUAAGCAAGUUGAAAGAAUCGAUUAUCUGGAUUUAUUUGUCUCCUGUUUACAUGAGGAGGAUGUCACGAAGACGAAAUAUGUGGAGACCAAUUCAGAUGAAGAGCUUGAUGAACGUGUUAAGCACCAACAGCAACAAGGACAGCAACAGCAGGGUAAAAUAUCAAAUAAGUCAAACUGGAUUGAUCCAAGCGACUCCAAGAUCAACAAGAUCUGCGAAGCCAUUAUUGAAGUUCUGCUGAAACCAGACUAUAAAGACGAGUACCUUCAAACCAUCAUCACUGCUUACGCGUGUGAGAAACCAGCAAAUUUGGAGGCUGCACUGAACCUGAUUCAUUCAAUUGACAACAUUGAGAAAGCUGAAAAGUGUGUUGUUCAUUUGUGUUUCCUUCAGGAUGUGAACCUGUUGUAUAAAGUAGCACUGGGGAUCUACGACAUCAAGUUAGCGUUGGCCAUAGCACAACAAUCUCAGAUGGAUCCUAAGGAGUACUUGCCAUUUUUGCAAAAUUUGUUUGAUCAGACAGAGCUCCGUCGUAGGUUCCUUAUCGACACAUAUCUAAAGAAGUAUGAAAAGGCAAUUGGUCAUCUUGCUGAGAUUCACAAAUAUGAAGAUCUGACGGAAGAAUUCAAGGACUACGUUGUCGAACACGAGUUGUAUAAAACCGGGUUGUCCAUUUUCAAGUAUGAAACUGAUAAGCAGAACGUUAUCCUAUCUCUUUAUGCAAAGAAUUUAUCAUCAAAGCAGGAAUACGUCGAAGCUGGUCUCACAUAUGAGCUUCUUGGUGAUCUUGCAGAUGCUCUAGAGUGCUACAUCAAUGGUCAAAAAUGGAAAGAAGCUUUAACCAUUACUGAAAAUCCGGAAUACAAAGAUCAGUUAGAAGAGACUGCUGAUAGGCUCAUCACAGCACUUAAAGAUUCACAUCGCUACUCGGACGCCGCAAGGGUACAAGAACGUCUUGGAAAUAUUGAAGAAGCUGUAUCCCUGUACUGUAAGGAGUACUUCUAUGAGGAUGCCAUCCUGCUUUCUACUGUUAACUCCAAGACUGAGCUUAUUGAAGGCGUUGUCGAUCCAGGUCUUGGUGAUGGAUUUGGUACUAUCGCCGAACUGUUGGCUGAUUGUAAAGGUCAGCUUCAGUCUCAAUUGAGAAGACUGAGAGAGCUCAGAGAGAAGAAGGAGCAGGACCCUUACGCAUUCUAUGGCCAGGUUGAAGAGUCUGAUGUUGCAGAUAAUGUCUCUAUUGCACCAUCUGAAACUUCUACAAAGGAUUCCUUCUUCACACGUUAUACGGGUAAGACCUCUGGCACCGCAAAGACUGGUGCGUCCAGAAGAACCGUAAAGAACAAGAGAAGAGAGGAGAGAAAAAGGGCCAGAGGUAAGAAGGGAACAAUAUAUGAGGAAGAAUAUCUUGUGAAAUCUGUGGGGAGAAUGAUUGAGAGACUUGACCAGACCAAGCCGGAGGCUGUUCGUCUGAUUGAAGGGCUGUUACGGAGAUCUAAAAGAGAGCAGGCAUACCAGAUACAGAAGAACUUUGUCGAUCUGCUCAACGAGCUGAAGGAGAACAUUGUUGAGAUCUACAACAUUAGUGAAAAGGAUCGUGAAAGAAUUGAUGAAAAUGGCGAAGUCUACUACGUUCCAGAGAUCCCUGUUCCAACAAUCACAGACUUCCCAAAGAAGCACGUAUUGGACUAUUGA